AUGGCAGACCAUCGAUCGGUACGAGGGCAAAGCCCGCCGAGGCGGAUGAGGGCGUGCAUCCCGUGCUCCAGUGCGAAAGCGCGGUGCAACUUUCAAGAAGCGAACGUCGCGCGGCAUCUCUGUGACAGGUGCGAGAAGCAUGGCAUCAAGUGCGUGGCCAAGUCCACGAGGAGCCUGCGGAAACCGAGGCAGAUUAGGCCCUUGAACAGCCGCGUGUCGACGUUGGAGAGGCAGCUCGAGACAUUGACUGCGGCCUUGGAGAUUCACAAUGGGAGCAGCUCAUCGCAGGACGUUGGCGCGCCUCACCCAGAAAGCCGCGCCGCCCUUCUCGCCGCCGACCAAGCUGGCACCGUCCUAACGCCCGACUCGACAUCAUCAACGGACAACAGCCGCGACGGCCCGUCCCUCCACCGACACGAAGACACCAGGGAAGCACAGCCGCCUACCGUCGCGGUGCCGUCAGACGCCGUCCCCGUCUACGGCCUGACGUGGCCCCAGGCUGAGCGCAUCCUCGACAUCUUUCGCACCGAGUUCAUGCCCAACUUCCCGUUCGUCAUCGUCCAGCAGCACACCACCGCCAGGGCGCUUCUCGCGCAGAAGCCUUUCCUCUUCCGCGCGGUGAUGCUCGCCGCGGCGCCGCUCCCGCCGCCGCGCCUGGCCAAGAUGAAGCGCAACGUGAUGGCGUACCUGGGGCAGCAUGUGCUGGUCGAGGAGGAGCGCAAGCUGGACCUCUUGCAGGGGCUGUUGGUCUGCCUCGCGUGGGCCGACCUGCGCAGCUUGUAUGACGAGCAGGUGACGAACCUGACGUACCUGGCGCUGGGGUAUGCGCAUAACCUGGGCAUCACGAGGAUGCCCGCGGCGCUGCUGCGCAUGAUUGGGAUGGAUGAGGCGCCCGAGGAUGUGAGGCAGAGCAAGGACCACGCCAUGUUGCGGCAGAACAUGCACUCUACGGAAGAGCAGCGCGCGUAUCUCGGAUGCUACUGUCUGUUAUCGGUCAACUCAACGCAGUUUGGGAGACAAAAUGCGCUCAGAAGCCAAUACAUUGACCUCUGUGGCGACGCCCUCAAGCGCAACUGCCAGCAUCCCCUGGACGCCUUCCUCGAGCGCACGGUGCGCCUCACGCAGAUGGGCGAGAGAAUAUCAGAGGCGUUCGGCGCGGCCAACGACUGCGAGCGUGGUAAGCCUUACCUGUUCCUCCUCGAGGAUCAGACCACGGCGUUUAGAGCCGAGCUCGACACCGUGGUGGAUUCCCUCGCGCAGGAACUGGGGCGCGCCCGGGGUACUUAUGCUCACGGAGUCGCCGGGCGCGACUUCGAUAGCUGGGAGAAGGCGGCCGUGCUGCACUACAACUACCUCCUCGUGCGCCUGUACGAGCCGGCCACGCACCUGCGAGAGGUUCCCGCGGACAACGACGGCGACGGGUCCUCCACGGCCACAUACCGCGCCUCAUGCUUGGCCUCGUGCCUCGCCGCGGCCAAGGCCUACUUCGACGCGCUCUUCACGCUGCCGGCAGCGCACUACCUGCACCAGAGCGUCGCCGGCACGGAGCAGGUGACGUUCGUCAUGGUGAUUUCGACGCGGCUGCUGCUGCUGCGCGCGGCCCCCGGGUGGGACCGCUUCCGCGCGCGCGAGGCGCUCGACUUCGUGGUCGUGCUGGACCACCUGCUCGAGAGGGUGGAGGGGGCGGAGGCGGAGCGCCGGCGGGAGAUGGAGGCGUUUGUGCGGGAGAUGGGCGUGGGCGGCGUGACGGAGGAGGAGACGGCCGCGGAGGGGCGGCUCGUCGACACGGCGAGGAAGAUGAGGUGGAUACGAGGCUGGUUCGACAAGCGGGUGAAGGGGGACGACGACGAAAGGGCGGCGGCGGCGGCAGCAGGUGAGGCGUUGCCCGGGGAGGCGGAGGAGGUCGAGGAGAUUGUGGUGGACCGGGGAGAGACUCUGGAGAGGGUCGUCGAGCAGGCCAAAUUCAUCGCCAUGGGAGGAGGGUCAUACUGGUUCGGCGGCCUGCUGCCGAACUCGGCGUGGAACUUUGACGAUGUGGACAUGUAG